CUCGUCAGCUUGUGAAUGGACGCAACAUGGCGGAGAACAGUAGCUGAGAACAGCCGCAGUCCUCCCGGUCCAGUUCUCCAGCACAGCAGUGGAACCGGUCCGUGUUAGCUCAGGUGUCUGGUGUGGGGAUCCUACGUGGUUCGUUGGGACACUGCGAGAGGAAAACUUUGUGGAAAAUGCGAAUGAGGACUUAAAGAUGAGCCGACAAACGACAGACGUGCAGGAGUCUGCAGAGGAGUGUGCCCCCUCCCCACCGCUGCCUGCGGAUCAUGUGUUCAACUCCGGAGCUGUGCUGUUCCCUGGUGCUUUUGAUCAACACGGCUGCCCUUUGAUCAUGUUCCCGGUGGACGCACAAGACCGACUCUCCUCAGAUCUCAGCAAAGCAGAAGUGGUGGACUUCAUAAAUUACUUUCUGUGUGUGCACAAUAAGAAGCAGGAGAAGGAUGGUUUGGUAUCGGUGGUGGCUGAUCUGCGGCAGGCCUCGCUCCAGACGACGAGGUUCAUCGCUGAGACGCUGCUUCUGCUCGAGCUCCACAAGCGCACGGUCCACAGCGUGUACAUGAUUCAACCCAAAAGAAAGGACGCCCUGAAGCUGUUGCUGAAACUUCUGUCUCCAUCUAAGUCUUACAAUACCUCGUUCAAGAAAGUCCUCCUGAAAGAAAUCUCAGAGCUCUCGAACUACAUCGACAGGAGCCAGCUCACGGCACCUCUGGGUGGUUAUCUCGUCUACUGUCAUCACAGCUGGGUCGCCUUCAUUAAGGAGAUCGAUUUGUUUGUUCAGGAGUUCCUCUCUGUGGUCCAGCGGCUGCCCUCGAGUAUCUCCACCCUGCAGGCUCUGUCCAGGCUGCCGCUGCCCUCCACCCUCAGCGAGCUCCAGCACUUCAGCUGCACCAAUGAAGCCAAGUUCCAGCAGCUCAGGAGGGAUUUGGGGCUGGAUGAUCUGCUGACUCACUGUGAGAAAAUUCUGGAGAAGCUGCGUUACCCGGAGAAGGAGGCGUGCUACCAGGCAAUGGCCGGCACGGCGCUCUUCACUCACACGGCCUUCGACAUGUUGCAGAACCACAGCAGGAUCACUGCUGCAGUAGAGAAAGUGGAGCUUCUGUGGCAGCAGGCUUUUUCUAAGGCCCGUCUGCAGCUGCAGGUGUGUCAGCUGAGAGGGGACUCUCUGCAGGUCACUGAGCAGAUCAAAACUCUGUUUGAAGACAAACUUCAGCCUUACAAAAUCGACGUAGCUCAGGAUGCAGCAAAGGCAGCGAGGCUGGUGUCUGAGUUUGAGGCGUCCAUUCACACUCCUGCCAUGGCUCUGGUCCGCUGUGCUGAAGAUGUGAUCCACACGCUCUCGGAGGUCCUGCUGUGUGACGGUCAGCCUGCAGAGCGCUGGGCUCUGGAUCUGGAGAGGCUGAAGGAGAAACUUCACUCUGCGGUCAUCUUCAUCCUCCAAACACUCAGAGCGGUUUCCAGCUUUCAUCAUUACUACAACAAGGCCAGAAGUUGGUACCAUUUGGUCCUCUGUGAGAACUUCCUGCAGGAGCUGCUGUCGGGGGUUAACGGAGGAGCUGGAGGAGACACAGCACAGAGACAGAGGAGGAACAGAGGGACCAUUCCUGCAUGGAGACACAAACUAUCUAUGUUCCUGAAGAAGAAUCCUUCUCCUGAUCUGGAGGAGCUUGUCCACCUUGCUCACCUCUCCUCUGUCAUCCCGGAGGACGAGGUGCAGCAGUCGGGGAGGCAGAUGUCUCAGAGGUGUAUGACUCUGAGGAAGCUGCUCCUGUCAUCGGGGCCGGUGCCCGUGGGUCACCUGCAGCAGGCCUUACAGUGGCAGUACGAGCUGUUACGGAGCGGCCAGGUUCAUCAUUCCUCUAAUGACGGGGACACAAAAAGAACAAAUCAGGAUGUUCCCGAUCCGAGUAAAUGUGAAAGUGUCAAAGAAGAAGCUGCACAUCUUCUCACAGCGUCUCCUGCAGCUGCCGGGGUAGUGCCGGCUGAGGGUAAACCAGCCUCCCUCAGCUCCUUCGACUCGGGCUUCGAUGGAGCCGGGAGCAGUCCGCUGGAGAUCAGAGACUGUGGGAGACCUGUUCGGAUCCGGCCUCAGACCCACAGAGAGAACCUCUGCAGCGUUUCAGACUGCGAGGACCUCCGAGACGAGUUUGACUUUGGCUCUGUGGGAAACUCCUCGAGGGCGAGCAUCCAGAUCAUCCCCAAAGUCUGCGUGGAGUCUCUAAACUUUGAGAUCAAAGUGAAGCGCUCGGCUGCUCUGCCCUCUAAUCCCUGGCUCAGCCUGCCCGUGGACGAUCUGGAGAACUCUUACAUUGUUACCAUUACCCAGAAUGCAACACCGCAGAAAAGAGACCUGCAGCCUCCCUUAGAGCCCGGCUCCGAGUCUAACCGCUCUCUGAGGGACCAGCCAACUCAGACCGAGGUGUUGAACAGCUCUCAGCCUCAGAUCAGAGACUGGAUCCUUAACUCACAGAGCGGUCUGGACGAUCCUGAGCUGAGUCCGAUCAGAAACAUCCUCUCCAGCACCAUCACAGAGCAGAGAGACAUGUCCGCCUGCACAGAGGGGGUCCCCACUCUCCUCUGGGACUCUUAUGACCUCCACAACCAGGAGCAGGACUCUGUGGACCGUUUGAUUGAUGUGUCCUUGAAGGACUGGGACGUGGAGGAGCAGGAGGGUUUGAUGGAGGUGGAGAAGAUCCUGGACAGAGCUGAUCAAAUACUGGAGAAAGAGGAGAAAGUCCUGGCUCAGGAGGCUGUGCUGGACGCCCUGCUGAGAUCAGAGGUCAGGCCUGUCCAGUGGCCUCUGUGGGACAGUGAAGAGCAGCCUGGUGUGAUGUCGUCGAGUGAGCUGGCUGAAGCUGGAGUUCUCGGUCUUGACGAUUACAUCGACCCUGCAGGACUCGGCAACCUGAGCGAGCCCAGAUCAGCUGUAACUAAAGCUCCUGAGGAAGACGCUGACACUGGAGCAGAUGCAGGAACAUUUCCCAGCGGGUCAGACCUGCUAACAGAGCUCAGACAAGUCCAGGUCCUGGAUGAGCUCAUCAUGGAGGAAAACCUCAAGAUUCAAGAGCUCAGACGCUACGAAGAAAAGCCCAAAGAAGAGAGUAAACCUCUGAUUCAAACGGGCCCCUGAGUGUGAGUAAAGAGAGGG